AUGACAGGACGUUGGCCAAUCGGAACGAGAAUAGCCGCAGCUGUUCCCAUGGCAAUAUUUGACAUCACAAAUGACUCAAAUCUGCUGCCAGGAUAUAAUAUUACGUACAACAUAGUAGACAGCUCGUGUGAACCCGAGAAAGGUCUUCGCGGAAUGGUCGCGUUUAAAACAGCUGACUUGUUUAUUGGGCCCGCGUGCUCUGUAGUGGCGGAACCAACGGCACUUCUAGCCAAAAUAUGGAACAAGCCUAUUGUCACUUAUGCUGCAUCCUCAAAUAAAUUCAUCAAUAAAUAUAUUUACAGCACGCUAAGUACAAUCACUGCUUAUGCUCGAAGAAGCGAGAAAUAUACUCCAAAGUUUGUGCUUCAGAUCCUUAAAGAGUUCGACUGGAAUAUUCUGGCCAUCGUAAGUUCAUCUGAAGUGGAAUGGAAAACAAUGGCUGAAAAAAUUAGAAGCACCAUUGAGCCCAGUGCAAAAGUUUCGAUGUUUGAAAAUUAUGAUAAUAAAUACCCACAGUUUGAGAGAAUCUUGCAGAAGGGAAAAGACGUGUCACGGGGUAAGUGCCUGCGCAUCUCCCAUACUUUACCUAUGCAGCGGUGUUUUCACAGAUCAAGUUAUUUUUAGCAUCAUUUUUGAGCAAUUUUCCCCACGAAAAUUAAAGCACCGUUCCGAACGCGUGCGCAUCCAUAGUACGAUUAUUAAGUAAAUGCUAUCAAAACACUGGAAAUACUUUAGUCUAGUUUCCGAUUUUCGAUGACUCAUUUGUAAGACUUAUUCGAUAUUUAAAAUUCGCGGGAAAAUUGAUCUAAAAAUAAACUGGUUUGUGAAGAUGCUGUUGUAUGGGCAGGCAAUGGGCACAAGGAAGUUGCUCGCUUCGCCUGGGUUAUGGGCUCUAGUGCCUACGUAAUAUUCAUCUAACGCUGCUAAAGCUACCACUAAGAAAUUGCAAUUAUGAAGAUACAUAUUAUUUGAAAGGACUUGUUUGUCUCAUGAUAAAGAUAAAGUAGACGACAGUUACCACGAAGUAUAUUGCAAUUAAAAUUGAAGGCAAGUCUCAUCGGAAGACUAAGGUUUAUAAAUUUAUUUGCCCAAUAUUUCGACUAGACAUAACUAGUCUUCAUAAGGGGCUGGAAAAGCUAAGUAUUGCAAUUAUCUGAUAACUUAUAUUUAGGGGCAGGGAUACCGCCAGUAUUCCCGCAUCAUGUCUAGCCUGUUACAGGCGUUCCGACCGAUUGGUGUACCCUCCAACGUAGGCGUUAUUUUGGCUCGUCACGCAAUCCUAAGAACGUCUGCGUGGGAGGCUAAAGAUAAAGAAAAGUGAGUACUAACCGAGGAAAAACAGCGAGAGGACACCCCAUUUCGAGCUACUUCACUAUCUGAACGCCCGGAAGAGGCUACAUCAUUGUCCCCAUGAGUGCCUGUUGGAUAGAUUGAACAUCUGGGUAAUUCUGCCUCCUAGCUAGUCACUGACGCACAAAUUCCAACUCGUCAAAUUUCAUGGAACAUGUUGCAGGGAGAAAAUGUUGUCCCCUCGAAGGUUCUUCCAUAGCAGCGGUAAUGUUACACGAGGGAAAGUGUUUCUGCGACACGUCCCGUCUCACAACCCUUGUACAUAUAAAUUCUCUGUGUCGUUAAAGAACCCACGCACUGUUCGUAAAGAGUAGGGGACAUAGUCCGCGGUGUGGUGAUCUAUCUCUCAUGUGGGAAGGGACUGUUACGGGCCCGCGUAGUGGCGCCACGCACUAUUGCGGUGACCCUGACAAGAACUGGCGAACCUAAGUAAAUAAAUAAACAAAUGCCCUUGCUUCACGCUACUACAACAUUUCCUCUUGAGUUUAGAUGGGUGGAUUUCAAUACAAUAAUUAUUUCAAAAUAAAAUAGAAACAGCUUUAUUAAGAGUUAUAUUCCAGUUACGAAGGCAGAAUGAUGAGACAAAGGACCCGCUGUAGUAAAAAUCCGGGCUUUUUAUUCAAAGCAGUUCUCAAUCUCAAUGGCGGGCCUUAUGUCUUUUGCUUUUGAAUAUUUACCGGACCUUCUUCAUUUCUUUUCCAGUUUUUCUUAUCCUCUGUUACAUAAAUGAAGUUCUUGACAUCAUGAAAACAGCUGAACGGUUGGGCAUGACUAAAGGAGAUUAUGCUUUUAUAACACUUGAUUUGAAUACGGACGUGUUUUAUAAAGACGGUCAAUGGUCUGGAAACCAAGGGAAAGGCUCUAAAUUACCAAUUGAGCUCAACGGCAUAAUAGACCUCAGCAUCUACCGUCCGGAGAUUUAUGAAGAGUUUAAAAUGAAGUACGAAACGAUGAAAAACACUCUCGAUCCUGUCAUCAGAUCAAAAUUAUAUCUCGAGGUAAGAACCAGACAGUUUUAGCUUUGUAAUUUUACUUUGCAUGUUAGUUGCGCCUGCUGUCAGAUUGUAUAUGUACUAGCUGACUGGUUGACCCAUUAACUAAUUGACUGAUUGACUAACUGACUAACUAAAUGACUGACUGAAUGACUGGCUGAAUGACUGACUGACUGACUGAUCGACUGAUCGAACGAAUGAAUGAAUGAAUGAAUGAAGGAAUGAAUGAAUGAAUGACUAACUGACUGACUGACUGACUUACUGACUGGCUAGCUGGCUGAUUGACUGCGUGACUGACUGUCUGAUUGAUCAAUUGACUCGAAAGCAACUGAUUGGCUGGCUGACGGUUUGACUGGCCGACUAACUUUUGCCUGAUUGACAACUGACUAACAGACUGAUCAUUAACUGACUCAUGCCUGACUAAGUGGCUGACUGACCGUUGGACUGACUGACUGCUCGGGUGGGUGACUGACUGGCUGACUAAUUGGCUGAUUGAUUGACUGACGAACUGAUUUACUUACUGACUGACUGAUAGACUGUCUGAUAAACUGAUAACUAUUGACUCGAUUAUCUCAUAGAAAGCAUUCAUUUAAUAAUUUCUUGUAUUUAAGAUCACUUUUGCCGACAGGUUUCUUGGUAUUCCUCGUUUCUGUAUGAUGCCGUCUACCUGUAUUCUCUGGCCGUAAAUGACACUUUAACCCACGGAUAUGACGUCACGAAUACAACUGAGAUUAUUACACGCAUGUUUAAUAGACAUUUCUACGGUAAGUAAGCUGAAGCUAAAAGAAACUCUUCCUAACGUAUAGAUUUUUGAAUGUGUCCUAGAUGAAUAGCAUUGAAAAUAGACUCGCUUGAAACGCGGAGUUUUUGUUCAUGGAUGGAUGUAUAUCUGACUUAACUUCAAUGUAACUCCAAUCUAAACUACGGUAAUACCUACGAAUGGCACAGUGAUAAUGGGGCUUGGCGUUUAUACUACCUUUUUGACGCCGGAGUUCGAUUCCCAGCUGAGUCAUAAGUCAGUCUCAAAAUAAUUGACGAGAACAAUUUCCCUGUCACUUUUAAAACUGUUUGACGCUUUUGCAGUAAGUUGUUUAAAUUGAAUGACUUAAAUGUCGUUCAAAACCUUUUUACCUUUAACAACCUCGCUCCCGCCACUUCGAUGAAAACUUGUGUAGUGCGACUUGGCAGAACGAGUUGAGCACAAAUGAUUAGAAUUGAGGUCAAUGCACUUAUGCGCGGAGUCAAAAGCGAAAGCACUGGGGUCGAGAACGCUCCUUGUCGAAGUCGCACUCGCUGUCAAUACUAACAUUCUCUAGUCCAUUGAGUACUGUUAUGAGUUAUCGACGAGGUAAAAUUAAGACCUUCGAAUUUAAAUUUACAUAAUCCUUCCUUUAUUUCAUUUCUUUAUAUUUGUACCAGGAAAGUCAGGUCAUAUCUUUAUGGAAAAUGGCACCCGAGUUCCUCAGUUUGUGGUUGGUAACCUUCGAGCAGGCUCGUACAAGUUCAUCGGAAACAAAACCAAAAUAUUUCGUAAUAGUACGGGACCGAUUUACCACCAACUUCACCUCUUUGUCAAGUCAAAAAUCACGUGGCCUGGCGGGUCAAGUAAUGCACCCCUCAGUGAGCCUUUGUGUGGUUUUACAGGAGAGAAAUGCAAUGAGGAUAGCAAAGGUGACUAGAGUAUUUUAAGGUUAUUGCACUCUAUAAUUGUUUCUUGUUAUUUAGAGAAAUUAUUAUACAAGGCCCCUUUCUAGCCAUUUUUCCUCUUGUUUCGACUGUUCAAAUCUCGUUUCUUAAGUCCCUUUUCUCCAUGUCCAGUGGUGGGGGCACAAGAAGAAAGAAGAGUCAGCUGAGAACCAGAAUCAGAGGUGUACUGUUAUAUAAGAAGAAUCAAGAGUCCCAUUAUGACUCUUGGAAGAUUUUAAGAAGACAUACUUAAUUCCAGAGUCUCUUGAGCUUAACCGCUGCUCAAAAGGAAAUAAAAGAAGACUCGCAAUAGGCCAUGCAUAUGCGCAGUAAAUAACCGAAUAACGACAACAAGAGCUCAUCACUACCACAAGCAUCCCCGUUUCUAUGGCAUGGAAGUCACACCCUGGAUUUUAUCUUAAGACAUACUAAAAAUAAAUGAGUCUCAAGUUUUGUUUCUGGUAUUUUCAGAUACUCUCGUUCUUAUUCUUGGCAUAGUUGGAGCUUGUCUUCUAGUUCUCAUCAUUUUUGUUCUCCUGAUCUGCGUAAGAAGACGCGCCAAAGGGAAAGAGAGUAUUCAUACAAAAUGGAUGAUAAACUGCAACGAGAUUGCACCGGCAGAUGACACUGAAGACCAUCCCAUGGUUCUUGGCAACCUGCAUCACAUGAACUCAUCAGAGGGCCUGGUAGAGCCAACAUACUUGUUUUUUUUUAUUAUUAUUAUUAUUAUUUAUUUUGCUUUUGUUUGUUUGGGUCCUGGUUUGGGUCUUUUUGUCUGGAUUUUUGUAAUGCUUUUCUCUCUGGUAUACAGCUAUUUGAAUUAAUGUUGUCGUAAGCCUGCACGACAAAAGCAGGUCUUUAUGAAAAGUAAAAUGUUUUGAUUAACAAAAAAGGCGGAAAAUAAAGUGGUCCUUCGCCACUGUACGAGAACAGAGAUCCGAACUGAAAAAACAUCGACAAGUAGUUUUCCUCCAAAGGCGAUGAGGCUACCACAUUCUCCUUGUUUCGCUAAUAUUGCGAGCGGCACGCUAUCAAAGAAUCCAUUUAAUGGAACAGCCAAAUGAAUCUAUUUAUUUCCAUUUCUACUCUGAGUGAAUCUCCAGUGCUCAGCUGUAUUUUCAACAUCGACAAGUAGUUUUCCUCCAAAGGCGAUGAGGCUACCACGUUCUCCUUGUUUCGCUAAUAUUGCGAACGGUACGCUAUCAAAGAAUCCAUUUAAUGGAACAGCCAAAUGAAUCUAUUUAUUUCCAUUUCCACUCUGAGUGAAUCUCCAGUGCUCAGCUGUAUUUUCACUGGUGGCGUCGCGAAAUGACGGCCAUUUUCUCAGGCUUUAUAAGCGGGUUCCCCCGGUCAAUGACCCGACGGCUAUGCCUUGCUUAUGAGCCCUAAGUAAGGGCGAAACAGCAGUCCACGACUGCCACUGCCUGGGUGAUCUGGCUGUGUGCAUGCGUGAGGUAUUGGCCAGGCCGUGGGAUGGUGAAUGUGUGCCCCUUGUUUUACGUUUUUAAAAUAGAGGCUGCGGUUAGUUUUAUUUCAACGUAUUAACAUCAGCUGUUGUUUUUCGAAACCUCAAUAUCUCUUUCAGCGUAGCACCCAAGGCUCCGCGUUCAAUGUUCUACCAUUUGCGUCUUCUGCAAGGCUUUUGAGUGAUGGUGGAUUUCUCCAGAGAAGACUUUCUAAGGGAAUUUAUCGAGUAAGUGCAAUGGCAAAAUCCUUACUAUGCCUGCUAACCUUUAUCAUGGAGGCAAGUAGAUAAUUGGGACUGUUCUAUUUGGACAUCAUGCCAGUGACUGAAACUUAGGGGCUGUUUACAUGGAGGUGGUGACCCCAGGUAGGUGAGGUAACCUGCUGAGGUGGGGUAACCGGCCUGUCCAUAUAACCUCUCAUUUUAAUUUGAUCACGUUUACAUGAUAGGUGGUGUGAUCCGCCAAGGCGGGUAGUCCGGUCUGCCAGACCGUGUAACCCUCUCAGCCGAGGUCAAAUUUUGCCAUGUAAACGUUUCAAGGUGGGGUAACCCACAUAGUCGGGGUCGGAUUCGUGAUACAUCAAAUUCAAGCAAAAUUCACUUUGGCAGUGGCUUUGCACCAUUAUUAAAAGUAAAAAUAGAAUGCUACAGUGCUGAAGGUUGCAGCCAGACUGAGAGCAGCAAGUGAGUGUAGAAGAGCAUUCAAAGCCAAAACAUGUGGUUUGCCAGCAUUUUUCUUGUUUACAAGCUUAGCGACCAUUCAAUAAUCUUGAGAACGUGGACCCCAGGAUGGCGGGGUUGUAAGAUUGCAUGUAAAGGAGAACUAUUUUUUUUUACCCCACCGCUAAGCGGGUUACCUCACCUACCUGGUGUUCCCCACCUCCAUGUAAACAGGCCCUUAGAAAUGCCGUUUUAAAAUCACAUAAACUAAAAACAAAAGCUCUUACGGCAGAAAUGAACUCCGAGGCCAAAGUUUGCAAUAGGAUUGUAUGUAGUAGGACAAAAUUACUGUAAAGUGUGAUUACGUUUCUAUUUCUCCCAUUCAUCAGGGAAAAUCUGUUUUAGUGAAGAAAGUUUCUGAAGGAAUAUCGCACCUGACAGAAAAUAUGAAGAUUGAAAUACGCCAGGUGAUGCUACUAAGUAUUUUCCUAAAUACUGAUGAGAAGCAGGAACUAGUAAGUGCUACCUUCCCCUCCCCCCUGUGGAAGCAGAUUGUAUCUUUGUAUCGAUUCUCUUUUUAUCUGUAUAUCAGAGCUCUCUCUUGUCUCUCUCGUGUCACAGCUCAUGUGAUCUCUCGCGUGUAGAGGGUUCUUGCUUCCUUCCGCGUGUUGACUCUUGUUGCACAAGGCCAUUUUCAACAUCCGCUCGCGUAUUUCCGUAGUUGCUCUAGCUGCAUAUAACGUCCUCGCAAUCCAUGAAACGAGCAUAUAUUAUGUAGGAAGUUAGUGAGGAAUAUAAUGAAGCAAAUUUCAAGAAUCUUUUCUUAAAGAAUUUGUCUUCAAAUGAUCCUAAGGUUUUCGUUCGAGUUGUUUUAUACGAUAGACUGAUUUUAUUUUUGUUCUUCCUGCUACAGGCAUGUGAAAUUCGGCACGUGAACCUUAACCCAUAUGUAGGAAUAUGUGCUGAGUUUCCCGAUGUUUUGAUCGUUUCUGAGUACUGUGCUAAAGGAAGCCUUCAGGUGAUGACUCUUUUCUUAGGUACCCGAUCAAAUGAGCCAUGCCUUUGUUUUCUCCUGUAAUGCACUUUUGGUGUUAGAAAACCCGAACAAAAACUCUCUCUUGUGCUUGAUCCACGGGGUGAAAUUAAACUGAUUCCAGUCAUAACUUUUUAUCGACUGUAAACUAAAUUAAAGUUAUCCAGUCUUUGUGGUUUUUAGGAAUUUUUUCUUCACUCUUCUACGCAUUUUUAUUGCAGGAUAUUUUAUUAAAUGAAACUAUUAAGCUGGACUGGACUUUCAGGAUGUCAUUUGCUUCAGAUAUCGCUCGAGUAAGUCUUCCAGUUGACGAUAGUCUUGGCUAGGUGUGACUGUGGCAUAAAGGACGGGAGAGCUUUUCUUUGAACCGUUACCAUCCCAUACAGCCAUUGUUAAUCAAGAUAAGAAACUACGGAAAAUGCCACUGUAAAAAAAACUGAGAUUAUAUACAAGAAAGUGGGGCUAUAAAAUUCGACACCGUAAAGUGCAUCUAUGCGUAUAUGUAUAACUUAAUUAGAAUCAGAUUGAUUGAUUGAUUUUUAGAUUUAAAAAGCUGGAGCUGGAAAGUGCCAAACCUCCCAAAUUUCAUUCUAUAGACAGUUUCGAGCGAAUACCACCAGAUAAAGUUCUAUCACAAGCAUUGGGUAAUUAAUCAUUAGAAUAUAAUUAAUAGAUUCAAAUUGCAAAUCUCAUGUACACUGCAUAACAGAUGAUCAAACGAUUUUUUUUUCUUAGGAAAAUGGUAGCAUUACCCUUUCCCUUUCUGAAGCAUCUUUUUUCACAUGCAUUUUUUGGUUCGUCGUUCGUUCUUUUCCUUAAUUUUUGUUAUUAUUUCAUUUAUCUUUAUUGUUCUUGUAAGGCAAACUAGAAAUAUCUUGCUAUCAAGUUAUAUUUAGCGCAGCAUCACGCCUUUAUCAAGGCUCCUGAUUUAUUUUUUAAACUCUUACUUUCCAAAUGUUCUCUUUUUUUCCGUCUUCUUUCUCUUCUUUUUCUGUUGUUGUUUCUAAUUGUUUGAUUGUGAUUUUCGUUUUUGAAGGGGAUGGAAGAACUCCAUAAAACCUCAAUAGGUUGCCAUGGUAACUUGAAGUCCACCAAUGUGCUGGUUGACAGUUAUUGGAUCUGUAAGGUGGCCGAUCACGGACUCCACAGUUUUAGAGAAAAUAAGUUAAUAACAGAGGAGAGAUUACAAUGUCAAUCUGGUACAUUGAUUUGUUUUUUAACUAGGCUGAAAUGACAGCCGUCUCCACCCCUUAACCCGUGGGGUCGCGAGGGAGAGAGACGUCUGAAUUUCCGAGAGUUAGACUGUCACCCGGUGACGUCACACUAAUUUAUCCAUUUGGCAUGAAUUUCGAUUUUUCUCCCCGGCGCCCCCUCUCCCCUCCUCCCACAAGUUAGGGUGUGGACACGGCUUACAUUUCCGACUAUUUUUUAACCAACAAUAGCCGUAUAUGAAAAGAUAAGUUGUACACGAGUAUUCAUGAUAAAAGGCACUAUCCAGAUGAGAUAACUAUCCAGGAAGUCACUCACAGGCUUCGGAUGUUAGCGGGUUGUCUUAAAGUACUUUUCUAAAACUUUGAAGAGAUAAUGUAUUCUAGAUUUUUAGAGGUAUUUUACUCUAAAAAAUUCAGCAGCAGCUUUUCUAACGCUGAAUUCGCCGUAAAUAGUUCUUGGCUAAGGUAUAAGCACAUUUUCUUCGUGACCAAGUUUAACGUCAGUAAUACUUAAAAUUUACCUUGAUCAUCGGUCACUACUCUAAAUCACCCUUUCCCUGCUUCUCCUAAUCGUUAAUUCUACUUUAACAGCUUUGUUUUGGACUGCGCCUGAGCAUUUACGAAGUACCGCUGACAUUGGAAAGUCGCAGCCGGGAGACGUUUACAGUUAUGGGAUCAUGCUACAAGAGAUCGCACUAAGAGAAAAGCCUUUCUCUACCUCACUCCUUUGUACAAAAGGUAAAAGGCUCUAUAUAUGGAUUAUUAAGAGUAAUUUAGCAAGUUAAAGUUCCCAUGCAACACAAAAAUAACGUUUUUAUAGCGUUAAGACGAUCUGGCUUGGAGAUUAGAUAAGAGAUGAGGAGUGAUUAAUUCUGCCCGAGACGCUCUACUUUAUCGAUGGUCGAGUAUUCUUCAGGAUAUUUACAUUUAUAUCGUAUUCGACGAUUUGUUUCUGAAUUGAUUGAGUACGCAUGUAUAAAUAAGCGAAAAUCAAGGGCCUCGAUUCGGGAGAAAUUACAUCAUUGCCAAAAUGCAAAAACGUAAUGAACAUGGCGCGUCAUCUCAGUCAUCGUCAAAAAUAAACCGAAUGCUUAUCACAAGACUCAAUUUGCAUGCAAUGAAAAUUUACAACACCGGACCAGUUAGCCUCACCUUCGGAGUUUUUCUCAUUAACUGAAUUGUCCUUUUUUCGACCACCGAAAUAUUCAUUUGUUCCAAAGUAAUCAACGAUUUCAAGCGAUAGAAUUCGUGGACGGACCUGUUCCGGAAAAGCUCGACAUCUUUCGCAUCAAUAUUUCCUCAGCCUUCCUCGCAAAACAUGCAUGGCGCUAGACUGCAAAACAGUCCGUUUUUUUCUCAAAAUCAGUAAAGAAAUCGGUAAAGCGUGGCGUAAGAGUCUUACGCGCGCGAAGCGCGCGAGCCUCACACGCCCUAAGGGCGUGUGAGGCGAGAGAAAAAAAACCGACUGUUCGUUUUCCAUACAAUGAGUUCGUUCCGACCAGGGGGUUCAAAAAUGUCGUCGAGUUGUCAAAAAUCUGUUCGCAACUCCGCCCUCCUUGUGAGUUUGAUAGACUCGCGUGCUAUUAUUGACGCUGUAAUCCAGUAAUCCUAAAGCAGUUUUUAGCGUUGCUUCCCAGUGAAAUGUAGUGUAUAUAGUGAAAUGUAGUAUAUAUAGUGGAGGAUCAAAAAUGAGUGAAAGUGGCAGUACGAUAACAAAGCCUGUGCCUGCUCCUCGAAGAGGGAGAAAGCCUAAAGAGCCGAGGGCUUUGGACAAAUUGUAGAAUGUGCGGCUGUUGUUUCAAAACAAAGUUCGGCAAUUUUACGAAUUGAUGGAUAAGCUCGGAAAAUGCGUUUGUUGCGCCUACCAGAAAAGGAGAAACGUUACCAAAGUAGGCCGACCUACUGAAAAACGAACUUUUCGUUGUCCUCGAGGAAGGAGAAUCUUUCUCCACAAGAGCAGUUUGCUCUCCGUGCGGAACAACGGUUAGAAACUGCCCCGGGAAACUGCACGGCGAUGCUUUCGAAAUUAGAGAAGAACUGAACACGCCAACAGACAAUGAACAAUUAUUGCGAUUGAAAAGAAUGAGUAAAUCCCCUCAUUCCAAACCACGUCUUGGUGAUUUAGCUCUGUAAAUUACUAUCUGUGAGAAUUUAAAAUCCUGCCAAAAACGCUAACGAGCUGGGCAAGCGUGACAAAACAUUGCAGGAUAAAGUCACAUUCACGGACACAAAGAAAAUCGCUUAAAAUUAUUCAAAUCCAGGAGGCACUUUGGAGAGAUAAAACAACCUAAGACCCUUAAUCAGCCGCAAUGAAAAACUUUACAUUUCGAAAUGGGCCAAUGCUCUUGCGUCAGAGGGCAAAUCAUGCCUACCAGAGAAAAUCAAUAUGCGUGUCACGACCUCUCAGUAUGAAAUAUAUUUAAUAAGCGGCCAAAAUUCACAUUUGCUCAGUCAAAAGGUUUUCCUCCAAAGCAUAAUCUACUCGACAGAGAAAACAAUUCAUUGGAACAAGCGGCAUGUUUGCAUGAGGUAAAAGUCGUGUGUUUCCUACCGAUCCCGUUUUUUUAGCCAGGCGAGAUAACAAUGACGGUCGGCCGUUGCACGGGACUUGAAGAACUCUUUGCAUGAACAAACAUCCGAUAAAUAAGGCUUUUGUCAAAUCCUGUUGGUAGAACACAGAAAACAUCCUAUCCCCUGAGUAGCAACUCCAAAGCUUUCCUCUGCUCCGAUUUUAAAACAAAUCCCAAUUCUUGCGAGCAAAUCCAGGCGAUCAAGAUCUGUCAUUUUUACAGCGAAAGCUUUAGCAAUUCAUCACGGUAUGGAACAACGUGAAUGACAUGUUGAAAACAUUACUUGACAGCUUGGUGACAGCUUGCAUCAAAAUGUAGCCAAUGGGAAUUGCCCGUGGCUGGGAGAAGCGGGUAAUUCGAACGAAUAUAACGUAUGCAAAACGGACAGUCCGUAUUUUUAGCGUCUCUCCCCAGUCUCGCUCUCUGUUUUCAGCCUCAUUCCAGACCUUUUGUUUGACUGCUCGCGCGUACUUGAAUACGCAAAAAUACGGACUGUUUUGCAGUCUAGCAUGGCGCUCUAAUAUGUUGUCGGUCGCCUGUUUCCACGGUCUCCGCAAGGAAGGCCUGGGACUAUACGGAUUACCCUUUUGGCGCACACACACGAAAAAAAAAGAAAGAAAAGAAACGCUUGCAUGUUUUAGAGUCUCGCUGCUCGUAAAGCAAGCACGACUAAUCAGCCGUUCCGUCACCACCUUUUGCUUGAAGGUGUUAGGGAGAGACAUGGGGUAUUUUUCCUUUAAGACAUCACUGCGUGUUGUCGUAGAUCUGGAAUAGGCUCAACAGUGAAAAAUUACAGAGAGAAAACUUUGUCUUUAUUAUUGCAGUAAUUCAAAACCACUUGCGCGAGCUCAUCAAAAUACAUUCUUGCAGAUCUAGAUCAUAAUACAUCAAACGCAUUUUGAAGAGGUACUUUGCUAAUAUGGUUUGAGACUAUGGAGCCCUCCGAAAACAAAGAGAGUAGAAUUUAGAAAUGUCAGAAAAGUUAGGAUAUAAACAAAAUGUUGUUGCAGUUUGUGUGUUUAACUCUCUCCUUUUUAAUACUUUAUCAUUUCAUUUUGUCAGAAAUUCUUUAUCACGUGCGCAAAAGCAUCCAACCGCACUGUAGGCCCCAGGUUCCCCCGGACAGCGCUCCGAGACCAUAUAUCGAUCUCAUGAAGAUUUGCUGGGAUGAAAGCCCUGAGAGAAGACCUACAUUCAGCGGGAUUCUUAAGAUUCUGAAAAAGAUCAACAACGGAAAGUAAGGAAAGCGCUAAUAAACCCUUUAAGGUUUUAAGGUUUAAGGGCCGUUAAUGCCAGGGGGGACUUCUAUAUGAAAGGGGCCGGUAGGCUCGUCGGAAAUUUUGAAUUAUACCCUAAAGGAGACCCAAGCUUUUUUGACCCCUAAAAAACUUUGAUUACAUGAAUCGAGUAAAUAAAAUGAAUUGAAAAUAUAUAAUUUAUAUUGCAUCCGCGUACAACCCUAAAAGAGACCUUUGCGGCUAAAUAUAUUGGCGUUUUGCCCAGAACACCCUAAGUCAUGAGACCAAAAUCAGAAAUUUGCAACCCUAAGCGAGACGACGAGCAUCCCCGCCCGUUUCAUAUGGGAGCCCCCGGCCGUUAAUGUAUUGUGGCGGAUGAGAGUGCAACACUUGAGUGCACCACUGUCCUAUUUACGUGAAAUAUGAAGAGAUCACCAUUUAUCUUUUCUUUUUUUGUAUACUUUUAUCGGAGAGCUUAGAACUGACACUAAUGUCUCUUUUCAGAUCACCGAAAAAAAAACACUUUAGAGAUCACUGACAUCGUGCAAUAAAGUGCAAAGUGUCAAGGGGUCCCUCCCUUACAUAAGAAUUCUUUAUCUUAAUUUUUAAGCAGUACACAGCUCUGUGCAAUUUCUCUCCCUAACACUGAACAACAUUUCGAACUUGAACUCAGUUUCAUUUCUUUCAUUAGAAGAAACAUCCUCAUUUUAUAAAUUAAAUUUCAGGACAAUCUCAGUUAUAGACAACAUGCUGUUGAUGAUGGAAAAAUACACCAACAAUCUGGAGUCCCUCGUAAAUGAACGAACAAAGCAACUGCAAUGCGAGAAAACCAAAACAGACGAACUUCUUCACAAGAUGUUACCAAGGUAAACAGACUAUUGCAAGCCAGGUGGAAUCCCGAGGGGUCCCCCUCUUGGGUACUCAUGCUUCUCGUCUCUCUCUUUGUCCAAUUAAACUUGCCCCUUUUGCAGAUUGACCUAAACUGAGAGGUAAACCACCAAUGCAAUCAAAAUUCAAGAUUCGCCUUUACGACACAAGAGUCUACUAGUUUCAGUGGUAUUAUCAAGCGGAAAUGAAGAAAGGUCGUCAACCUUGUUCCCUGGGGUUAUUCCCUUAGACAAACCAUGGGAACGAAGUUGUAAGUUCAUUUGGAACAUUUGGCAAUUUUAAGAUUUAGCGUAAGACCGGUUGUGAGACAUAAACACCACACUGAUAGAGCCUCAACAAAGUGGGGCUUAAGCCUUUGAUUAACCACUGUUUUGCCAUUUUUGUGGCUUGUCAUGAUCAGAACGGCAUAACAACAAGUUCUGCUAAAAAAACACAGUCCCAGUACAGUAUGUUUAAAGUCCUACCACUGAACACACACCCGCCGAAUCAUGCCAUGUCGCGUUCUUCCUAUGAAGUAUGUUUACCUCUGCUGUUUCAAUCUGACUCAGGAGUAUCGCCGAACAACUCAAAGCGGGACUUGAAGUGAAGGCAGAACAAUAUGAUAACGUUACAAUAUUUUACAGUGACAUCGACGAAUUCUCCAACAUAACGUCGGCCAGCUCUCCAAUUCAGGUUAGAAAAACUUCCCUUCGAGAUGAGACAAACUUAGCAAUUGACAAUGAUUUUCUAAGUGAAUUCAGGUAUGAUAACCCUCAACCGUCUAUAAUCCAUACAGCUUGGGAACAUCUUUUAUAAUGAUUGACAUACGGUAAGACUGACUGAGUUCUCCACUGAUUCGGCCUGGAUAACUAUCUGACAGACUCAGUACCUAGCUUUAUGACACAUUUAAAAAGACUGACUGACCGGCUGACCGAAUGGCUUUAUGACUGGCUGGCUGACAGGCUGAGAAACUGUCUUACCAACUGCUUGACUGACUUAUUGGCUGACUGAUUGAUGGACGGACUGACUUGACUGACAGACUAACUGACUGACUUACUGUUUGACUGUUGUUGUGACAUCUACAAAUGGUUAGACAUUCUAGUCCUCUCGGAUAAGGACGAAAAUCCGUAGGCCCGUCUCACAGCUCUUUCAUUGUUCUGAUUCUUGUGGGACGUAAAAGAACUCACUUUGCUGUUUGUAAAUAGUAGGAGGCGUAGACCCCGGUGGUGUGGUACAACCUUUCAUGGGCUGGGUGGGUAAUGAAGGGGUUGAUAUCAAUUGGGACGUUAGUGCUGUUUCAUCUCCUGCCACCGUGUUGAGUCACCGUGGAGAAUUCAAAAAAGUAACUAUCAGAGUAGAGUUGAUGAAGUUUGAUGAAGCCGGAACUAUAAAAUCUGCGCCUCCAACCCUUCUUAAGGGCCAAUUGACUGAUUGACUAGCUGACCUAAAAACUGAUGGACUGGAUGAUUCAAAGAAAAGACAGUUUUAGAGCCACGUUAACGCCGUGAAACUACUAAUUUUUUGUACAAGUAAUGAACAACAAACAGCAAGUAAAAGGAAAACUAGGUCAAGUGGUGCGCAUGUAAACUUGGCUCCAAUUCUCUCUGUAAAUGAUUGUUAUAUUCGGGUAUAAGAGUUUGCUUUUUACCUCUGGAGGUUCCCCAAUUCCCUUUAUUUUGGUUAAUUUUCAGUCGCAUAAAUGGUUCACCGGCUUGCUGAUUAGAUAUUUGCUAUGUGUUAGCUAAGUGAUUUCAUUGGUUGAUCAGUAGGGCGUAUUGUUUGAAAACUUCACAGGUUAUAACGCUGCUUAACGAUCUCCACUCAUUAUAUGACACUGUGAUGACGAGAUAUGAUGUUUACAAGGUAAAAUCAAAGUCUUGAUUCAUUUUGUUGGAAAUGUUUACAUUUUCCUUGUUCAAAACAAAAACAACAUCAUAGCUUAUUUUUAUACGCACGUCUAUUUAGGUGAAAAUCAAAUAAAAAAUAAAUUAGGAGUUUGAACCAGCCCUCAUUGGCCUUUAAUGUGCUGCCGAGUAGAUUAUUCCCGGACGGUGGAGCUGCUUAAAGUGCUACUACGAUCAAAUUUGGGAAUUUGUUUUUGAUUACAUAUUUCGAAAAUGUAUGUAAAAGUGACUUACCGUGCCAAGUUUGGAGUCCAAAUAUGAUCUGGAAGUGUGUUUAUUUGCACGGCAAUUUUCGUAAAUGUCUUGCCGCCAUUACUCGAUUCAAAAAAUGACCGGGAGUAGUAUUUGAAGGAGUUGGGGCGAGAUGUGACGUAGAAACAUCAACGCGACAAAACAACGCAAACAAACGUGGCUAAUUUCGCAUGCAGGACGAGAUAUUUUUGGAAGCUUUUGGAGGUUCUUUCUUCGCUUUUUUGACUUAAAGCGAAAGUAUGCCUGGUAGAUGUUGUGUUGUUCAGGACUGUGGAAACGUAAAGAACGAUGAAUUGGGGAUUUCUAUUCAUAAUUCUCCUGAUUCGGGCGGCGUAAGAUUAAAAAGUGGAAAAGAUUCGUGUCCAUUCAUCGGAAGAAUUUCAACCCAGUGGGAAAAUUUGCUGUGUGAUCGGAGCAUUUUACAAGGGAUUGUUUUACGCUUGCUUUUCCGAUGAAAGACAUGAAAAGGAAUUUGAAGAAGGGUACGUUUCCAACCAUUUGGAAAAAAUCCUCUCAAACACUAUCAAAGCGGAGUCGACGAUCGGUGAGUGAAAUUACAAUGUAUUUGCGCUGUGCUUAUCACCAUUAUAUUUAUUUCCACAUUUACCUGUGACAUGAUUUUUUCUGGCAUCGUUGUUCAAUAUUCGUGUAAUGAAUGCUCUGACUAUUUGGACUUCCCAUAUUGUUGCAUGUGUUUUCAUACUUUUCUGCUUUCUUCUCAUAGUUAUAGUAAAACGGGCAUUUGCGCUGAGUGGACGUGAAGUCAAUUCCCCUAUUCCCAGACCUUUCCACUCAAGCGUAAAAUUUAGAAAAAGUGAAGCUACAUAGAAAUCCGGCUCUCUAUUUUUUGAGAGAUUAUCUUGCUGUUACUUUGAGAUUUGACAGUACUCCAAACUUCCCUCCAAGAAAUCUUACAGGAAAUUAAGAGUUACACGCGAGUCUUUUAAAACGACCAAAAAUGGACUUAGUCUGAUUUGUACAUUCUAUAAGUUCAGUUACUGUUUGCGGGUUUUUUUUCGUUUGUAUUUUAAUUCUCUUUUCACUGUCUGCAAAUGAUGCAUACAUUUUAAGGCGAAGAUGUGGUUAACCUUGCUUCCAUUUCUAGUUUUGAAAACAUCGACAUAAAGCUCACAUUUAAACUUGUUUUGAAGGGGAGAUAUAUAAAAUGGUCGUACCUAUUUUCAUUUUUAGCUACUAAAUGAAAUUCUGGCUGGUCAAACUACUAAUGAGGAUACAGAGGAAGAAGACAAUCCUGAAGAAGAGGUGAUCUCUUUGAAAGGAGGUUCUGCACCUGAGGAGAGUGCUGACACUAUGGGGGCUCCCAAUCUCAACCCUGAGGAGUCUCCAGAAGUCGAGGGUGUUCUGAAUACAAGUCAGGGUUCUUUGCUUGAGGUAAAUCCUGAAAAGGAGGGUUGCAUCCCUGAGACUGAGACGGGUGAGAUAAGUGUUGAUGCUGAGAUGGCUUCAGAGGUCCUAGGUACUACUGGUGAUAAGACAGCUCUCGAGAGCCAAGGGAUUUCAGGCACUGAUGAGGUUACUGAGACCAUGCAGAUCCUGGAGGCUUAGGGAAUCGAAAAAGUGCAGAAUAUGGAUGAAGUUAUGCAGAUUGAUGAAUCAUUAACGAUUCCUGAACUUGAACAGGUUUCUAUGGUAGGUGCAUAACUCUAAUUAAUGUUUAUUUGCAUCAUUGUAUUAUCAUAACAAUGGAAAACUACAUGUGCAGUUAUUUUACAACAAUACUAAUACUCAAAAAUUCUGAAGUCGUGUUAUUACAGCCUGUAUUAAUGUUGAAAGUUUGUUUUUUGUAGGAUACUCCAACUGGACAUGCUGGGAAUUGCACAACAUGCAAAACCCUGAGGAGUGAGGUGACUCAGUUAAGGGGCAAAGUCACAAGACUGAAGAGUAAGUUAAUCUCCAAUCAAGAUCAGUGGGUUGAAACCUUUAAGAGCAUACAAGAGCCAAAGCAGUUGCUGAUGGUGAAUGCUGGUGAGUCAACAAUGAUUGAUGUUGAUGAGUCAUAUAGGCAUAACUGCCUAUCUUUAUAUUUUUAUUACAUUUUAUCAAUAUUUGAUUAUUUAAUAAUAAUUAAAAUUUUAAUGGUGAUAGAAUUUUUUUAAUUCCAUUUGUUUAAGCUAUUCCAACUGAUCCAUGGCCAGUAACAAAUGAGACAGAGUUAGGGCUAGAGGAUGAAUCAGAAGAUGAGCAGGAAAUGCAGGACGACGCGCGUAUAAGGAGUUUGAGUGUGAUGAAGACCCUACAUGGAGUCCUGAAGAAAUCGAAGAUGCAUAUAAAAACUAAAGGAAGAUGAUGACUCGGUGAAGACUCAUCAGAACCCAAGGUACAAAGAUGUAAAAUUUAUUGCAUUUUAACAUCUUAGCUCUAAGUAUCCUCUGGGAAGUUAUUUAGGCCUAAAACUAACUUCCAUUAUGAGAGGAUCUAUUCAGAAACAAGAGUACAUGAAAUUUGUUUUUUAAUUUACUCAGAUAAGAAUUGCACAAAAAAAAAAAAAGAAGAGGCAUAGCCAGCCCAUAGACUGGAAGUCCCAGGCCUAAAAAUGUUUGGUUUGUCCACUCAACCACUUGUAAUAAAUUAUGCAUCAUUGGGGUGGGCUAGAUAGCUUAAGGGCUCAAAGUUGUCAUGUGUGCAACCAACAGAUUUAUUAUAAAAAAGCAUUUUUCAGGAUGUAUGUGAGAAUAAAAUCCCAACCCACAAUUAGCCAGGUUUACAACAAGUUGAAAAACUUGCAACACCCUGAGAAAAACAAUAAAAAUGAUAAUCAUUUUUUUAUUGUUAUUUUAUUAUUUCAGAUGCUAUGAUGAAAUGAGUAUUUCCUUUCAAUCAUUUUUUACAGGUUGGAUCUACAAGGAAAAAACAUUCGAGAGGAACCGAAGGGAAUUGUUUUCCUUUCCAAACUUCUUCUUUUGUUUCAGUUCUGCCACUUGUGCUUCUUUUCAAAACCCAAACUUUCUGUAUCACAGACAGGUACCUUGUUAACCGUAGAAAGUUUCUGCAGAAACUGUAGCCAGACAAAAGUCUGGAAGAGUCAACCAGACCUGCUAGGGAAGUUUCCAGCAGGUAACCUGCUAUUAAGUUUUGCAGUGCUCUGUGAGCCGAGUGAAAAGAAAGAAAGGAUACAUUAAAACUGUAAUUAAAUUCAGGCUGAAUUCGAUUUAAUUUUUAUUACUUGUGUACAUGAAAAUUGGCGCAACAUCAGAAUUCCCAGCCACUAAACUUGAGUUUAACUGAAUGCCAGAAGAACAGGGCUUCACCCAGUGGGCAAGUUUGUCAUUCAACAAAAAGCGAGUAAGUGGCUGAGAAUUCUGAAGUUUGGCCCAUAAAAUUAAGUGCUUACGGACAAGUAUUAAAGCAACUACUGUAGGUCCUUCUUGGCCCCAAUGGCAUACAUGACACUCUUCAAGAACAAACAGUGCAUUUACUAUUCAUUUUCUUCAUCUUCGAAUCCAUGAUAAUGGCCAUUUUGACUCGGAAAUUGUUUCCUGAUUUUAUUGUAGGCACAACAGGGCAAGGGGUAUCGCCUGGAACAACCAAUAUAACUCCACAGCAGUCUUGUAAAUUGGCGAUAGGCCACAGACCUCAGGAAUCUAGUUAGAGAAAUGAGAUCACUGUUAAUUCAAAGAGGGAUUGGAUGGAGAUAAAUAAAUACUCCUUUUAAAAAUAAGCAGUUGGGGCAAUAAAGCCAUUUAGAAAAUAAAAAAUGUGAUUCUAUGAGAUCAGUCCACGGCGAUAAGCUUAGAUGUAUCAAUUAUUCAAUGCUAUGUAAGGUUCGAUCGUUCCGAUGCAAAGUCAACAAAACCCAACCUUACUCAUUAUCACUUUUGUUGCUUUGCCCACGAACAGUUGUGUGCGACUUUCCAGCUCGCGUUUUUAGGCCCAGUGCAGCCACGUCUAAUACGUGGCGGUUUAAGCAGACGCUUUCAAACCCUGGAUGGAGGGUUAUGCAUACGGUCCGGUCUCCAAUGGCUUCUUCCAUGACCUCUUCGCAACGAUCGAUCUCUUUGCAGCAAAUGCACUCCUGCGCUUUUGUAACAAGCCUGACAGAGCAGUUCGAGCACGAACACCUGCAAAAUAAUGUGAAGAAUUCGUCAAACACAAGAAAAAUACGUCUGUAUAAAAUUAUUAAUUGUCUGACCUCUUCAAUAAAACUAUCGCAUAAAAUCAGGACUACCGCUAAUCAAAUAGCAACGAAAUUGUAAACUUAAACAAAACACACAGUCGCGUUCGCCACGCGCACGAUUGAACGACGGGUAUGUUGAAAUUGGAAAAUAAAAAUAUAAAUCUACAUUCCAUGAUAAUACCAUACCAUUCAUUCGCUGGCACCUCUCCCGAAUAUCUUCGUUGGAACUGUUGUUCCUCUUCUUCUUGGCGAUGAACUCUUUCUUUGUAGUCCGCGGCUUCUUCCUCGGUAGCAAGGGGUUCGCAACUGUCGUCGUACGGCGCAAAUUCAGACAAUUCCCCAAUCACUUCGUCAACUGUAAAACUUUCUAGAUCACUUUCAGAUGUGCAGGAAGAGGAAUCCGACGGAGAUAACAUCUUAAACGUCUUGUUAAAAGGCUCUAAACUCACAAACUUUUCCCAAAUACGAAUCUUUUGGUUGAUGUUUCUACGUCACAGUGCAUAAAUCACGUGGUCAAACGCACGACCGCUUUGCGGAGAUCUCGCGGGCUAUUGCUUUGCGAACUUUGUAAUGGCGGACGGUAUUUACGCACUUUUCAGUGGGAAAUUUCCAGCCCCCCUACGCAAGUAUCGUUCCAAUUUUUUGCUAUUUGUAUAAUUUUGAACAUAUACAAAACAUUUAUGUUAAAAAAACUCGGAAACAAAAACAAAAAUUUUCGUCGUAGUAGCACUUUAACUUCCACUGGUUUAACAUAUGUUUUAUGACGUGGUUCCAUUCUGCUUUCAACCUACCUACUGCGCAUAUGUUGUACGCGUCAUGGAACCCCCAGAUAGAACCCCGGAAGGGAAUAGAAAUAUGAAGAAAGGAAUGGAAAUAUGAAGGGGGUAGGGAGAGAGGGAAGAUCUCUCUUUUCCCUUUCGCUCCACCCCCCCUCCCCCACCUCUUUCCCUCCUCUUUUUUUCUUCUGCCACUCGGGCUAGCCCGAGAAAAUCCUUACGCAAAGUAGUUUUUACGUCUUUUGAAUUUUUUUCCGAGGGAGGAGGUGGUUGUACACAGGAUAGUUUUCACUAUAUAUCAAAAAAUGUGUUGCAGGCAUAAUUGCGCUUCAACUUUUCUCGCCUUUCAGCGUUGUCUUUUUUCAAGAGAAGCCACGUAGAAUUAACUUAAGAAAAAGAGGAGGUUCAGUAUUCUAACCACUGACGCAGCCAGUAAAAUCUCUGAGGUUAUCCCCAAUUUUUUCAGUGGCUCUUGCUAUAACUGAGAGAAACUGUAGCAGUCUGAUGCAAAUUCGGCGUAAAUAUCUCAAUAAAGUACUUUUUAAAGUAACUUAAUUUUGACCUAAUUUCCAUGCAGUUUCCUUCUGAUUAUCGUUUCUGAUCAUAAUUUCCAGUUUCCUACCUUCGAGAGAGUCAGAGAGAGUUCUUAACCGUAUUUAUUUUUUUCUGUGAAUUUUUAAGGUUGAAACAAGCAGCGAUUCGUGUUUGGUUGUGUCUGGUCUUCCAGAGAGGAAUGGAAAUAAACACGCUGGACACAUAGCCAGGAUGUCUUUGCGUUUGGUAACAUAUCUUAAGGAAUUUAAAAUUAGCCAUCUACCAGGAAGAACUCUACAGUUUAGAAUUGGUAUCCAUUCAGGUGAGAACGUAUCAUCAUAUACAAAAGAGCUUGUACCACACUUGUCUCCGAGAUCAAGAGUAGAGACCGAAGUUCUCAGACGAGUACGACUACGAGUACGAGAUAAUAGGGAGAUUAAGCAACAACGACAGCGACGGUUACGAAAACGUCAGUUAAAUAGUGAAUUCGCGCUGCCUCGAACUUUAUCGCGCUUAUUUUGGAAUUGAGUUCUGAAGGACUGUCAAGUUGAGGAAAAGAAAAACAAAGCUGUUGUGUUGUGUUCCCGUCCUCGACAAAACGUGAAAUUAGGCACUUUCACGUCGUAGUCGUGCAUUGCAGUGACGGCAAGGAAAUGUACAAAAUAGCGUGACGCAGGUGCAAAGUUGUUGUUUUGCUAAUCUAAUCUUUUGCCUUUUUGCCGUUUUUGUUGCCGUCGCCGUCAUCGUUACGUAGUGCGCGCGCGUGAGCCAGCGUCAUUUUGACGGGAAAAGUGACAGCCGCUCGGCCUAGUCACUAGGCGUUCUUUCUUGACCCGUUGUCCGUGCGAAGAACGCUUAGGGACUAGGCUGAUAGCCGUUGUCAUUCUACUACGGUUUUCAGAGAGAAUUUAAGUUGUCAAAUAAAUUAUCAAUUGUUAGAAGUUUUAUCAUUUUGCCAUCGGGAGAGAGCUUAGACCUCCUUAAGUAAAGAUAACUUUUUUGGUGAAAAAAAAAGUACAAAGAAGAUUUUCGGGUUUCAAUUAUUUGGGAAUACGUGAGAAAACUUAAAAAAAUAAUCAAAUCUCGUACUUGUAGUCUUUCUCGUCCACGAAACUAAAGGUCUCUGCUAAUGUUCAGAGAUCGUGAAAACUAUCGAAAAUCGCACCAGGCGGGGACUGAAAACCCACUUUUUUCCCCCUUGACCUUGUUUUCGCGACGUUCAUGCUAUAGCCUGGCGAAGGCUAAAUAUGCUAUUUCAUUCUCAUUCAAGGGACAGGCGAUUUCUCAAUAAUUUUCGUUGCAUUUUCUCGCUACGGUGCCCUGAUGAGCGCUAGCUCCAAAAGAGAGCGAGACAUCGCUGUUUUUAUCUGCUGUCUUGCUUUUAUAUAGCCUAAAUUAUGCCUCAGUUUUUCCGUAUGAAAAAGACCCUAAUUUACUGACCAUUGAAUAUGACCAUGGCCAGAAGCUUAUAUUUCUGAUAGGGCUUAAUUUUUAAAAAAACCGCUUAACUCUUUAAUAGAACUGAAAAAGCUAUUCAAAACACUUAACGUUAUCAGCUGGAACUAUAAUGAAUUGGAAUAAAAGUUACUAGGGAGCUUAAUGAUGCAAGUCAACCGGAAAUAGAGAGUUCUCCCUUUUAAUAUGCCUUGACGCCGCCAAAUUUGCAUUGCUGUCUUCCUUUACUCUUGUAGAGGUGCUUGAAAAUGUGGGUAAAACCACUGCCAUAGAACGGAAAAAGUACACUUCCGUUGUAGAUCGUAGCUCAAAAACGUCUUUGCUUAGGCUCACUAUUAGCAAUCCUCGAAGGCGCGGAUGACGAAGCUUGUUUUAUUCCCAGGUCCCUGUGUGGCGGGUGUGGUAGGUUUGAAAAAGCCUCGUUAUGAGAUAUUUGGAGAAAUAGUGAACAUUGCCAAACAGUUAGAGGAAUCCUGUGCUGGUAGGUUAUAAUCUCAUACCCAGAUCUCGCUCUGUUUCACGGUAAAAAAGGAGAACUUAGGCCCGUCCACACGAAUCCGUUUUUGUUUGAAAACGCAACUUUUGCUUUACGGAUAUAGCUUACGUCCACAUGUAUCCGAUGAAAAAGAUCAAUUAAAACGGAGCUUUUCGAAAACGCUCUCCAGAGUUGAACUUUUUGAGAACGCUUUUUUCGCUUGUACGCGUGGACAGACGAAAACGGAACUUUUCGAAAACGUUGAGGACACACUAUCAGUUCCAAUCCACUCCGCGAUAUAUUAGAAACUUAUUCAAGAUGGCGAACGGGCGCUUCCCUUUCAUGUCUUUUAUGCUUGAGCUUAUUUUUAACCUAGUUGCUGGUUUUCAAGCAAAUUUAGCUUUGUUAAUUCUUCAAGCUGAUUAUUCCAGGAGGCGGCACAGGACUAUCAGGUUACUUUCGCUACCGGUGGAAGGCGGAAGGCCGAUGGCGGAAGGUUGGAUCUCCCUUUAGUUUGACAUUUUAAACUGCUUCUGCGACUUUGAAUAACGUCACAACAAUAUACACCCACUCCAAAGAAAUUCAAAGGUGGCGCCAAUUUAUUAUUUUGCGGGCUCAUAAUAGCGACGAAGUAUGCGUCAAGCAUGCGCUGUUGAGUAAGUUAUCGUUUUCAAAUCGAUUCCUCGUUUAGGUAAGGAUGGGCGAAAACGAUGCGAAAACGCUACAAGUGGACGCGAAUUUUUUGAAAAUAGAGAAAAAAAGGUAUACGGGUACGUGUGGACAGGGCCAGUGUGAGAUCUCCUUUUUCCUUUGUGGAAGGAGCUCUAGGAACGAGAUUAGGUAUAUUAACUAUUCUCACAGCAUACACAAUUAGCCCGUGACAAGGGAAAUAAGAAAUUCCUUUAACUUGUGAGCAAAAAUAGUGAGCAGCAUCACUAACAGAUAUAUGAAACUAGAAUGUGGCCUAAAUAGAGUUCUAAGUAGAAAUUAUUCGCUAAGUUCCCUUCCUCUUAUCAUGGAAAGAACAAUACCUCCUCAGCUAUAUUUCCUAAUUCGUACCACCACAACUUAUAUUCUAGUGUUUUAAUAGAUUUCUUUAAGAAUUGAGUGAAGGUUGUAUCGUUUCUUUAGCUCAGCGAAUUCAUGUUAGUUCUUCUUGUAAGUUGAUUCUGGAUGACUUGGGCAGCUUUCAUUUAGAGGAGAGAGGCCUGGUAAAGAUUAAGGUGAGACGACAGUUGCUUGUUACAAAUUUUCUUACGUGCACAGUAUAAAGCAAAAGAAAUUGGCCUCAUACGGCUGGUCGUAACGUGGUACAAAACAGCCAUCUGGAAAGCACGAGACCCACCCACCUGGGCGCGACCGAAAAGAGUUUUAUCAUUUACGAUAGUGCUUUCUUUUGUUUGUCUUGUCCCAGUAUAUUUCUUGCUCUCCAGCUUGGCAAUUUUCAGUACCACGUGACUACCCAGCAAUUAUAUGUAUUUCACAUGUACUCCAGUAUAAUCCACAUGCAGUGUUAACAAACAUUGGGCUUAGAUUACUGACGCCAAAGCAAUAAUUCUCUAAUCAAAAUCAGCAGCACGUGCUCGGAGAUACAGCUCAUUAAUUAUCUCUAUCAGGAAACGAAACUGUUAUUGCCCGAAAUAACAGAACGAUAAAAUCUUAUUAUUUGCUUAGCAGAGCAUUUCCGUGUAACAUUUUCUCAAAGACAAGGUGCAGACACAUUACACGCGAAGCUGUGUUGGUGUGUCCAAACAGCAGGAAAUGUUUGAAGUCACUCGAAAAGGAUCAGCCUGUUUGAUUUUCAUAUUUCCUCUUCAAGCCAUUGCAGGCUAAGAACAACAAGAGAUCCUCUCGGUCAACUGCUCUAAUGGAACCAGUUUCGAAGGAAAACAUUUCAGUUCCUUGCUCAUUGUUGAGAAGUAAAAUACUUGCUAGUUUGGUCUUCCUUUUAGUGGAACCUCUCCUUUUCAAAGGACAUCUUAAUUCAAGGGACACAAAAUUUGUUCCCAGAAAAAUGUUCACAUAAUCUUUGUAAUUGUUACCUCUCUAUUGAAGGAAAACCUCCUAAGUACAAAACAAUCAACUGAUACGGCAAGAAGAGCGGCGAGAGAAAAAAUGUAAGGAAAGAAAACAAAAAUCAAUGGCAAAUUUCCGUUUGCAACACAAACCUUCAAUGAUUUGGGGCUAAAAAAGAAAAAUAUGACAAGAUAAACGUUACAUAUGCGAGAUUUGAGUACUGAUAGCCAACAGAACUGAAAUAACUGGCUAUCUUUUUAAUUUACUAACCUAUAAGAUGUUUGUGAUACUAAUGUAGUUCUUCCCACGUUUUUCAGGGACUCGGAGAGACAAAGACAUUUUACCUCACAGAGACCUACGGGAACAUCAAGCAGAAAAUGACUACUCCAUAG